UGUACCAUCGGAAACGAGUAAUGGUGACAAAAGUGUACCAUCGGAAACGAGUAAUGGUGACAAAAGUGUACCAUCGGAAACGAGUAAUGGUGACAAUGAGAUGAAAACAAAUGGCGAGAACAAAAACCAGAGAGAGAACAAUUCAUGGGGAAAUUAUCUCAAAGAAUAUAAAAUAUUUAAAUGCAAGUUAUCGAAUAUAACUAAAGAGAUUCAUCAUAGAAUUAGAAAAAAGGGAAGGUAUAUGUUCGACUAUUCACCAAUAACUUUAGGCAAUUUAGAAUUGCCAUUAUUUUUCAGAGUAGUGAUCAAUUCCCAGGCAAUCAAUGAGAAUUUUUUAGAUGGCCUGGUAGAGGAAAUUGAACAAAUAGGUGGAGAAGUGGUGGAGUGGUUUGUGGAGAACGGAUGGGAAAGUGAAUGGGAGGAUGAUGAACACGAGAAAGUGAUUCAAUGGACAGUCGGUCAGUAA